CUUCAAGAUGCAGACACAUGGCAAUACAGCCUGAAUGAGACCGAUCAUACAGGUGAAGCAGAACAACGGUACGAGUUAUCCCGAGCACCUGAUGGCAUCAAUCUCCGACGUCAACACCGCAGUGUACGUGACGUGGAGAGACAGCAUGACAAGACGAUGAAAAUACACCGCACGGGGCACGUUGAACAUGUAGUGGCCGUUGACAAGAUAUUGUUAAAAGACCAAACACCUCCUGAAAAGCGGCAACACCUCCAAAGGAAAAGUAUACCAGGAGAGAGAAUAAUCAAAGAAGACAUAACCGGAGAUAUUCCAAAUAUUGAGACCAAGUCCGUAACAGAAGUGGUCUUAACAAAGAAAAGAAGAGUUUCAUCAAAAGAAUAUAUCCAAGUCCAGUUAUAUGAACUGACCAAGGACAAUAUUGAAGUUCCCAAGCAAAAGACCGUGUACGUUAGCCUGGAGGAAGCAAGGUCUCGCAUAGGAGAGGCGUUAUCGUGCAUCCACAAUCACACAAAUAAACAUGCAGCAGGGAGGGUGGAUUGUGUGGUAACCCUUCGGAAGUACCUGAAGCAAUUAAGUCCCAGGGACUUGGUCAAACUUGGGGAGCAGUAUCUUGAGGACAGAUGUCAAGUCAAUGAUACUGUGUGUCAAGAUGACCGCCACCUGUUCAUCGACUUGAUCAUCCGCCUGGAGACAAAGGAGGCCCAGCAGUUAAUUGUGCAGCAUGUUCUUGAUGUAGUCGACCCACACGAGGAGGAGAUCCAACGCACCAUGUACCAUAUGCAUGCUUUAAAAUCACCGACAUCCGACCUUAUAUCAACAAUAGCCAAGCUCUGUUUUGGACCGCUAAGAGAAAAUAUAGGAAAGCACAUCAAUGUAACCAAGAACGAAAGACGGGCGUGUCUUGCCAUUGGGAGUCUUGCGCGGUAUACCAAUGAGACCAACCACCUGAGUGCAGAAAAUCUUGUGGCACACCUGGAAAACUGGCUGGAGCAUCACGAUGAAGGUUCACUGUCCCCGCCUCACCAUCGUGGUCGUCGAUCCCCAACAUUCUUCAACAGAACCGAACACCACCACAAAGUCACUAAAAUGGUGCUGCUGGAAGCAAUUGGUAAUGCAGGAUCGCCCACGUCACUUGACCAUAUCUUAUCGUAUGCUAAACCCAACAUGGGACACCCAGCUUGGAGACGGACUGCCGUGAAUGCACUAAGAUCAUAUACUUGUCAUAAAAGUGCCACUGCCCUUAUAGAUUUAGCUGUAAAUGACGACAUCGACUUGGUCAGGCAAAAGGCAUACACUGCAUACAACGUUCACCCGAAACGCACCAAUGUCACAAGAGAACAACAUAACAUUGUUUUAGGGUAUUUUUAUUUAUUUAUUUAUUUUUUUAAUAUGAAUCGUUUUCUAAAAUAUUUUGUUAUAACUGAUCAAAGGCGUAUAUUUUUAUAUUUCAGCAAGCAAUACACGUACCACACAGUCAUGCGUUUGAAGAGGGGUGUUUUGGAUGACAUUCUAAAGGCACUCAGUUUCAAACUAGAGGUACCAGGCAUUCAAUGGACAAAAGAAAUUGGCAAUGAUAAAAUAGGGGCAAGCUUUGGACUGGAAGUUAGAAACAAGAUGGAGCUAAAAUUGGGUUUCCUGUCGGGUUUCUUUGAUUUGGACAGUUACAACACUGCCUUCGUUGAAGCUCACAUAGGACUUUUGAACAUCCAAGCUGAUAUCUUCAGAGCUUUGGCAUGUUACCAUGGCUUUAUUGAAUAUGACCUGAAUAUAUUAAAGGAUUUUGGGAUCAACGACAUACAUGACUUGGCAAAGCUCUUUGACAAAAUCAUCGACAGUGUUCGUCUUCCUAUCAUCAAGGCCAUCAAUGCCUUCAAGAAAGUGGUCAGCUUGUUUCAAGGCAAAGGCUUACAAGGUUUAUUUAACGAAAUCGUGAAAGCCAUCCGAAACCUGCCAAAUGCCGUAAAGGAACUACUUGAUAAUCUGAAGCAAUUUGUAAUCGAGAUAAGUGACUAUGAGGGUUUGCCCUGGAUAGCUGCUAUGAAAAGGGUCGUGCGUCGAGUGCGACAUUUUGUAGAAGAUGUGCAAACAGACAUUCUUGGCUUUUAUAAUGCAGUUGUUGAUGCAAUAGCUGUUAAUCUCCCAUAUACAGCUAAAACAAUUGCUGAAGCCAUAGAGUUGAUUAUUAAGGCCGUCCAGUCGCUCUUCAAAAACCCAAUGGGAGCCCUUUCAAAUAUAGGGAAAGCUAUAAUGAAAAUAAAGCUGUCUAUAUCCAUGAUUAUCGGGACCAAGAUACAGAUUGAGGAAUCCUGCUUUUUCCUCUCUGGGAAGAUGCCUUACUGGAUGAACCUUGGGGAAGAAUUUACUGAUCUCAUGGAUGACAUCACAGAGGCAGUGGAGGAAGUUUCAGCUUUUCUCGAGAGGGUUAAAAACUAUGAUUUUUCAGCUGCUCGCCCACUAAAUGUUGGAAAAGGAGAUGGAAUGCCUACUAUGGAGGAACAGGAGAGACUAAUCAUCCAAGAGUUUUUAAAACAGUUUAAGAUUCUACUAAAACCAUUCGAGGGCAUUGUGAAUACAUCAAAGCCGUUCUUAGAUUCGUACAACGCAGUAAUGGAGGUGGUAGACGGCGUGAAAUCCGCUUACCAUCAAAUACGUACAAUGGUUGAAAAAGGAAAAUCCAUUGUUAUGAAGCUUUUUGGCCCAAAGUUCCACGCCCAGUUUCCGUCUCACAGAAGUGAUUGUGAUGAAAGUUGUGGGUGUGGCAAAUUCCCAUAUGAGGGGAAGAACGGGGAGCUUUUACCUGGGAUUGACGUGAUGAGAGGAAGGGGUAGCAAGGUGGAGUCCCCUGUUACUGGAACUGUGAAACGGCGUGGCGACAAAGCGGUUCUGAUUGAACCAAGUGACCAAGACUUUGCGAGUUUUGAAAUAAUUGUCAGUAACAUUGAACCUAUCAGGAGCAUUGAAAACUCCGGCACUUCCAUAAAUGCCGGCGAUAAAAUUGGCAAAGCUCUACACUCUCGAUGUGAUCCAAACUUUAUUCAUGUUGCGAUGCGUAAAAAGUCAAAUCCACCAAAGCCUUCUGACGAUGACUACGAGUAUGUCGAUCCAACACCGUACAUAGACAGAAUUGUCCCAGUUCCACAGUGGAUUGAAAAAUGCAACGAGUUCAGUUUGACCUACAUAGGGCAAACCUCUGACACAGAUUCCAUUACUGAUCCUGAAAAUGCCCAAGAAAUCGUUGAAGAUGUAAAGCGCCAUGCCCAAGAAAGAGUUGAUGAAUUCAUUAACAAUCCCCCAGAGCCAGAACCUCCAUAUCGACCAGAAGGGAUGGAUGAGGGCACAACGAAGUCUUUGGCUGACAGCUUUGGAGACGCCUUGGGUGAUUUUGGAGACCUGGGGCAGCUCAUUGACUUCUCAGGCAAGAAGAAACCUCCUAGUAUUCUUGAUAAGAUUGACAUCAAUUCUUUCGAAAUGCGCCAUGUCUUACUCAUACUUAAAGACAGUGGGCUAUCAACAAAACACCUUCAAGUUGAAAGAUACGUGGAAUCCUUAGCCGAGUUCAUUCGCACAAACAAACUAGAGCAUCCUGAAAAUUUCUCACCACGGAGGCUAAAGUACAUGCUACAAAGACGAGGACAAGAUUCAUUUGGAUCAUUUGAACAGUUGGUUAUGCGUUACAUAGAAAUACCAGAAGGAGUCUGCCCAAAUAUCAAACGUGGUAUAGCCAGAGGCUUUGGUCACUUCUGUACGCCCCACAGAGACUGUCAGGGACUGACAUGCGGGCUGCUGGUCAAAUUUAUCUUCAUCAAGAAGGUCAUUAAGUUCGACAUGCGGUUGAAUACAUGUAGCAGGAAACUUGAUGUUCAGAUAGAUAAUGAUACAACAAGUUUUGAUAUACAAGGAAGCGAUGAUAUUGAUAUAAUGCGACCAUUUGGGGCAUUUGAUGACUUCACUCUGAUGAUUAGAGCACACGUCAGCAGGAUGGGCAAUGGUGUCGAUGUUACAGCGGAGAUGUCGGUGUGUUCUGCAUACUAUCCAACAUGUACGGAGACGAUGGAGUUGUUCAAACACCUUUACUUGGAAAGCUCCCCAGACGCAUUGUGCAAGCCAGGGGUUGAAUAUGAUGGAACUGAAGAUCGGGUUCGAAGUAUGCGGCUUCAGUACUUUGUGGACGACUUACUUCAACUAAACGUUGGCGACAGGAGAAAAUUGCUGACAUUUAUGAACGAACUUCGCAGCGCAAUACUUGAUGCAGUCAUUAACAACCCUGGACUGUUACUGAAAAUCGGACAAGGGGAAUUUCCUGCCUCGGUUGACUUCUGUUUCGAUGGUGAUAUACCAAUACCAACGCUUGAUAUACCGUUCUUCGAUUUCUCUACCCUGUUUAUGAUUGGACCCGUCCCUCUCCGCCUAGAGUUUGGUGCUGGAGGAGCGAUUGGCAUUAGAAUUUCAGUUGGAGCUUGCCUUAUAAGUAUGAAAGCAAACGUCAAGGCAGUUCCAUGGGUAGGCGGCAAGGUCUGGGGUGCUCUUUCGAUUGACCUUUUCUUAGUACGGGCUGGAAUUAAAAUAGUUGGAUACUUGUUGGAGACCAGAUUUCCUAUAACUGGCACUCUUGGCUUUGCAAAAUUCCCAAUAGCAGUAAGUGCAAAGAUGGACCUUGAACUUGUUCCAGUGAAAGUGAAGCUCACUGCUUUUGUUGAGUUGUAUCUUAUUUUUGCGCGGGUGAUGAUCUAUGAGGGUACAUUAUGGGAAUACAAAAUGGAACCAAUCAGACACACUAUUUUCGAUAUUCCUAUGGAAGAUAAAGACGAGUCUCCGGCAGAAUUUGGGCCAAACACUUACAACAGAAGGAAGAAAAGGUGGAAUUCUGACUCGGGCUGUACUGUGAAACAGCUAAGUGGUCGAGACUACACCGAUCCUGCCUUUAUUCUCGAAGCCACAUGUAGCGACCCUGUGAGUGACGUCAAAAUGUUUUAUGCUAUUGGUAGUCAUCCAGGUGGCACUGAUGUCAGCGACUGGACAGAGAUGGGAGGGUCACCGCUCACAGUUCCUCAAAUGAUGAUUGGGGGAAUUCCUCUUUACUGGACGGUCAAGGCAAGAAACAGUCAGGGUCUCGAGGCUUUCACACAGUGCAUGCUUCAUACAUACGACGUUACACUACCCGACGGACGCCUUGAGGCGUCACACGCCUACACGAGUCACCCACACAGAAUCAGUGGAACUUUAACACUGGUUGAUGAUUCUCCUCUGAAAGACACCCAAUACAAGGGAGUCGGAUUUGGUCAGGGAGCAACAAACGCUGAGGUUGUCAACUGGCAGCCUUUUUCUCCAGAUAAAAUGUCCAUAAACCACGAAAUCAAAAACGAACUGUCUCAUUUUUCUGCCGGCAGAACAGGAAAACUAACAGCCCAGCCAAUCAAAACCAUACAGACAGAUACAGAUGUGAAGUGUGCGAAAACAUGCUUAGACUUUGGUCUGAAAUGUGUUGCCUUUGAUUACGACUACAAGACUACUACAUGUGACUUGCACGAAUUCCUCGAGGGAGCGAUGGCUAAACUGGCUACCAGCGGGGCGUAUCACAACUUUGAACGGAUUGGAGUGGGUCAUACGUCAUUUCUAGAAUUUGACAACCUUGAUUUACAGCACGGUGAAGUCUACUAUAUCAACACGAGAAUAACAAAUGAGCUUGGGUACACAUCGAUUAUAUCAACGAAGGGAACACUGGUCGACUUUACUCCACCAGAACCAGGUCCUAUAGGAAACGCAUCUGUGGAUGUCGUAAAACCAGAUGGUUGUUCGGCAGCUGUAACGCAGCGGUGCAUUGACGUCACUUGGCAACCCAAUCACAGAUACAUCCGCGAUGGUCCUGGCUCUAACACUGUGUUCAAUGGACAUCAUCCCCUCAAGGACACGAAGUAUACCCUUGCCAACCACUACAUGUCAGCUAAUUGGGAUGGUUUCCAUGACAACGAGACUGAUAUCUGGGGUUACACUUGGGCAGCUGGUUCAACUGUCUGUGGAACCGAUGUCCAACCGUAUGACGACCCUCACUCGCACCUCUCAGGAAAGUCAUUCUGGACACACAACGGUCUGGCCAAGCACCUGCAUCUUGCUGAUGGCCCGUACUACGUGACUGUUCAAGCUUUGAAUAACGUCCACUACGGCGGUUCCUUGGUGACAACUGUGUGCCACACCAGGCCCAUUAUUGUUGACACUACGAGGCCAAUAUUUAAUGGAAUCGAUGAUGUAAUAUACGACGAAGACUUUGACAUUAUGGCCGUUUAUUACAACGUGUCCGAUCCAUUGUCUGGCAUAAUGAGAGUAGAUUUUGCCCUAGGUAAAACUAAAUAUGACGCAAAGAUACGCCCAUUUUCAAUGCAUGAUCACAUUAUAAGGAAGCUAACAGGAAGUUACCUUUCCCUGGAUGAACCAGGGAUUCCGGAUGGAGUACCUGUAUGGGUUAGAGUCCGGGCAGUCAACAAUGUUGAGCUUUUCAACACUGGUCACGGAGACGAACCCAUAAUGAUUGACCGUUCUGAUCCCAUUCCGGGAGAGCUGUUUGAUGGUAACGAACUUCACAUCGACAGUGACUACCAGGCCAAUAACGACAGUAUCUGCGUCCAUUGGAAGGGGUUUUAUGAUCCAGAAUCUGGAAUAGACAGAUAUUCUGUACAAGUGGGAGGUUCUCCAGGAUCAGACGAUGUCGUAAAACCCUUUGAUAUUAGCCACUCCAUCAAAGAAUCUUGUAUGGCGGCCAACCUUACCCACAACACCACAUACUACGCUACUGUCACCGCCUUCAACCAUGGUCUUAACCCUAAGUCUGUCAACAGAACAUCGGAUGGAAUACUUAUUGACAUGACAAACCCAAUCCCUGGAUGGGCUGUCGACGGCCUCAGUCACAAGCAGGAUGUCGACUUCUCAGCUGAGACUGCCACUGUAUCUACAGUUUGGGGUGGAUUUCAUGACCCAGAAAGCGAUAUUGACCACUACGAAGUGAGCGUUCUGGUGAACAGAGAGGAGGUGGACGCAAUCCUCCUGGGAAAGGACCAGCAUUUUGAGAAGCACACUUUUUCCCUUCACCAUGGUGACACCGUUCAGACAACAGUGCGUGGUCUGAAUGGGGCUGGUUUGAUGUCCUCGACAAACACAGACGGCUACUCCAUAGAUCUCACUCCACCAGUGUUGAAAUACAUCAUCCAGUCCGAAGACGGGUUGAUGUAUCAAGCCAGCGACUCCUACAUAUAUGGCCAUUGGCAAUAUGGGGACGAAGAGUCGGGGAUCUUGGAAUAUCGUGUCACUAUAUUUCAACUCUAUCAAGGACAGAAGCAGAAACUGUGGCCAAGUGACCAGCAUGACGAAACCUUCACCAUGAUGGAAGCUGAACCACAAUUCGUAUUCAACCAGUCAUUGCAGCUGAUAAAUGGGGCAAAGUACAGCCUCCACGUGACCGCCAUGAACAGAGCUCUUCUCUCCGCCAGUCACGAAACCACAGGAGUUAUAAUCGACACAACUCCACCUAAGAUGAAAGAAGUACACAUUGGCCUUUUUGAAGAGGAAGAAGAACUUGAUGAACAGAACCGCGUUUUACAUGUCGACUCAAAUGGCAUAGAGGUCUCCUGGCUCGGCCAUGAUGGGGAGAGUGGCAUCAUCAGGUAUUUGGUAGGCGUUGGUGUUAAACCAGGGGAUGUGUCUGUAACAAAGCAGUUUAUUGACUUUGGCAGUGUAAACCAUGGUUAUAUACCUGUCCAACUUAAUGUUACAGCAUCAACUGGUUAUACGUAUUAUGUCACCGUCAUUGCCUUAAACGGUGCUGGAUUGGAAUCCCACCCAUGUUCAUCAAAACCUAUUGUUGUUUUGAGAGAUAAUGUCCCCGGCACUGUUUCUGAUGGAAGAGAGUUCCUGCGUGAUUCUAACUCUCAGAAAGACACUUCAUCCAUAGCUUGCAGUUUUGUAGGCUUCGAGAGUGAGGCCUGUGGUAUUACAGCUUAUGAGUGGGCAAUAGGAUCGGCGCCUGGGUUGUCAGAUAUCCGGGACUAUUCUUCCUAUGGUAUAGUAAUGGUCAAUGAAACCUCCGGUAUUGCUCAAGGGAAUCUAGAUCUUCCUGAUGACCAAACCGUUUACACUGUCGUAAGAGCUACUACUGGGCACAAUUGCCAUGAAGAUUUUAUAGUGUCAGUUUCAGAUGGAAUAACAGUCGAUGCUUCACCCCCUAACAUCAUAUUUACGCAGAUAGUUGAAGGUGCACAAGCAGUCACUAACCAGGUGGUAUAUGAGGCCUCCCCUGAUAACGUCGUACCAAAAUGGAACGUAUCUGACACUGGUAGUGGUAUGGCUAACGUGUCAUGGAAAGCCGGGCGUUUACCAGGUUAUUCGGACAAGGUCCCUGAAAUCUACACCACGACAUCAGAACUUCCCAAUGGGGCCGUUUCAGCAAAGCAAGGCGAGACCAUCUUCCUCACAUUAACAGCUACAGACAAUGCAGGCAACCAGAGAACUUUGACAUCCCCUGCCUUAGUGAUGGAUGCGACUCCUCCUGUUAUCAAGAACUUCAAAUGUACAGAUACCAUUUCCCAUUUACAGACCACAGUUCACUGUGAAUGGAAGCCUAUUGUUGAUGUUGAGAGCAAAGUUAAACGGAUUCAAGUAGGUGUUGGUUCGGACUAUUCCAAAGAUGAUUUGGCACCAUUCUCAGAUCUUGGCAUCCAUAAGAAUGACUGGAUGAUUGUACUAAAACCACAGGAUAUGCCCUCCAACACGACCCGUGUGUUUGUCACUUUGAAAUCAGAAAAUUUGGUCCAUUUAAGUUCAAUUUCUGUUGCCGAAAUCGCCAUAGACACCACCCCUCCACUACCAGGUCUUAUUCACAUAACCACAUCGUCUGCACCUAAAGGAAGUGAUGUUCAUUUCCCCAAAUGUCAGGUUUCCGGAACAUAUGUUGAGGUGUUAUGGGAGAAGUUCCACGAUCUUGAAAGCGACAUUGAUCACUAUGAACUUGCCCUUGGAAGCUACUUCCAAGGUACGGAUGUGAUGGGGUUCCAUGAUAUCGGACUGAAUACAUCAAAAUUUAUAGAUGGUUUAGCUUUACCUCCUGCGUCUACAGUUUAUGCCUCUGUCCGAGGAUUUAACAAGGGUGGUCUUUAUGAUGCUGUUGUUUCUGAGGGCACUGUUGUUUCCCCUCAUCCCAUCCUAUCAGUCGUUGAUGGAAGUGAUAGACAUGACGUAAAUUUUCAAACCGAUAUGUCCUCAGUAUCUGCAUACUGGGACUAUCAAGAUCCCUGUCCUUUGCAAGAAGUUUUGUGGUCUGUUGUUCGGGUCGAUGGAGUUGUAAUUAAACCUCCGUCUCGCGUACCUCCGUCUGACCAUUACCUGAUUAAUGAUGAGACUGAUCUGGAAAACGACAAAACCUACUAUAGCAUUGUGACGAUUGUGGACGUCAUUAACCGCACACAGACAGCCAGGUCCAAUGGAUUUACCGUCAAAAUAGAACCUCCAAUCCCAGGCUAUGUUGCAGACGGUCAUAGUGCCGAUAUUAACUACCAGCAGUCCACUACACACCUGUCCGCCCACUGGGGACCAUUUGGCGAUUCACACUCCAAAGAUCCGAGCCAACGCAUUGACCACUAUGAGAUAUCUUUAGGUAAUGACAGAAGGUAUGAGUUGACUAGAAUGAACGUUCACUCAUUUGUAAACGUCGGGCUUUCUAGAAACCAUACAUUUGAUGGAUUAAACCUGACAGCAAAAUCUACAACUUAUUACGUCACUGUGAGAGCCUACAGUGAAGCAGGAAGCAUGACUGAGGUGAGCUCUAAUGGCAUAAAAGUUGGAUACGUAGACUACAUCAAACCCGGUACUGUCUUUGCUAAGAUGUUUCAGUCGUCAACCAAAGGAUUGCAAGCUUCAUGGGAAGAGUUUUCAUCAGAUUUGCAGAUCAGAGACUAUCAAGUGUGCGUGUCAACAGAUGCAGAGUUUAUAACGGCUUUAUCAAACAAAAGUAUUCACUGUGAAGACUUACAAGAUCAGAACAAUUUAGAAUUCAAUCGGACAGUAAUGACGAGUGUUGGUACUGAUACAACAGUGAAGCUGAGUAAUUUGGCACUGAUUCACGGUCAUAAAUAUUACAUAGUUGUCAAAGCAACAGAUGCCGCCAGCAACUGUGGUAUUGCCGCCAGUCCCCCGAUACUGAUAGAUACCACCCCUCCAUUACCAGGCAAAGUUGUAGUGGGGCUCGAAGGAACUAACGCAUUAUAUGCUGUUUCCACAGAAACACUUACAGCCACUUGGUCAGGGUUUAGAGAUCCUGAGACCCAAAUUGUUAUGUAUGAAGUUUCCCUUUUCCAACGUCUAGUGUGUUCAAACAUCCAUUUAAAUGAUACUGAGUUAUCAUUGAUUAAGGGUCCUGUUGAAAUGACCAAUGAUAGUACGAUAGAGUUCACCCAUCUUCGACUCAAACCGCAUGUACCAUAUUAUGUCAAACUCCAGGCAUCGAAUGAGGCUGGGUUAUCUGCAACAUAUUGGAGCGACCCUGUUUUUGUAGAUGACACCCCACCAUUCCCCGGCGAUGUAAAACACGGUAGCAACUGGAAAAUAUCAGACCUAUACCAGGCAUCAACGACGUCCUUACAAGGCAUGAUAGGCAUUGCUCAGGAUACCGUAACCGCCAUUUGUCCAUCAACAAAACGCAUUCAGUUCUUCAGUAAGCAUCAAGAAGGCAUGUCGGUUUUAAAGUCAUCACCUCGACUAUCAGACAUACCACAACCAUACUACCAGCCCGACAACGUUCAGACUUCCUCUGGUCAGCUCGUGCUGCUUACAGGGCAUGACAAGUACCGAUUUCAUCUCGAGUUAGCGGGGGUGAAACGCGCACUGUCAUCUGAUGUUUUGGGCAAUUUUUCUUUCUUCCUGCAAGCCGCCAAAGGGGAAUCUAUAAUCACGAGUGUGACUUUGAGCAAAGGAGACAACGAUGAGAUAUUUCCAUUUGAAGAUCCAGUUAUUGUCGACCUCCCUUCCUCGGAUAUGUUCCAAAACUCUUCGAUUGAAUUCCGUAGUGAUAAUAUAACUGCAGGAAGUGUUGUUGUUAAUGGGACAAACAAGAACAGUACUACAACGGCACAAAAGGAUAGUAGUAAAGCUGUACAUGCAAACAUUACGAUAAAUGGGUCGGCAAAUGUCGCUAAUCAAUUCCACUUGGUACCAGGCGUGGGUCUGCACAUAUUGGGAUAUUCUGUUGGAUCAGAUGUGAAGUGGUAUUGCAUGUUCUGGUGUACUAAUGAAGAUGGCCGCGAGUCGGAGUGGGUGGAACUAUCUUUUGAUCCGACGUCAAAAGCGGCAACAUACACUAUACAGAUAGAAGAAGAAGAUCACCCCACAAGAACGAGUUGGAAUGCAAAGCUGCACAUCAACAAUGAAUUCAAAGCUGCUUUUUUCAACAUCAUAAAGCCAAAAGGUUUCCUUAAGAUACGGACGUGGAGUAGGAACGACUUCGUUCCUGGGGUGGUAGAUGUUUUUUAUCCAUUUCAAACACAGGCAGCAUUGAAGUACUUGGAGAUCCCACUACCAAGGGAUAAGCCUUGUCACUUUGGAAAACCAUUUUAUGACCUUGAAAGCAAGUUGAAGGAACUGUGGGUUGGCGUUGGACGCUACAAUAACCUUGUAGAUGAUGUAAUCCCGCUUCAUUUGUACAAGAGGUUCUGUUCACCGUGUCAGUACGAAUGUGAUAUGACGUGCAGUCCUGAGUGCCCUCUUUUGGAAUUCCCGCAAACCGUUCUCUUAAAGAAUCUGACCCUUGCUCCAGAGCGGGAGAAGAAUAGUGAUGAUAUUAAUCAGGAUUCUGCUACCCCCAACGCUGCUGUCUACUUUAUGAUAAUAAAAACAAUAAAUCACGCUGGGCUUGAAACAACCGUAUCGUCACAGGGAAUCACUAUCGACACUACGCCACCUAACUGUACAUUAAUACACUGUUUAGAUCCAUCAUACUCCAUGGAAGAACCCGUGGAAUAUGUGGGCACCAAUGAGAGUAUUGGGGCAUACUGGGACUGCGAAGAAGACAUCAGUGACAUUAUAGGAUACGAUGUCGCUCUUGGAACAACUCCAGGACAUGACAAUAUCAUUUCCUUUUAUUCUGUUGGUCUAAAUAAUAGGGUUAUUUUGAACAACUUCACACAGCCACUUCAACAAUACGGCACUUAUUAUGUGUCUGUACGAGCAAAAAAUGCAGCAGGACAGAGCACCAUGGCAACAUGCUACGUGGCAAUAGACACAGAGGUUCCAAGCAUCGCAGGUCUGAAGGAUACGGUUAAGCCGCCUGGCGUGUCCCCCCUUCCAAAUAUACCGGGCGUGUAUGCGACGGACAAUUCACAUGAGACAGCCUUGGAAUGGGCAAAAGGAUCAGAAACUGUGGAGUAUUAUGAAUGGCAGAUAGGAUCAGCAGAUGGGGAAUCCGACAUCUUCCCCCGCUCAAAGAUCGGAGUCACCAACUCUACGAAAGUGGCCAUAUUGAAUGGGAAACUAAUUAUGAAUGAUGUGGACGCCAACAUGAGUAUUUCUGUUAUGGCAAACCACAGUGCGUCUAACAAGAGCAACGAAGACAUCAGGAAGAACAGUUUCUUUUCCAUGGAACCAGGAAGAUGUCUUCACCAAAGUCUGAUUGCCACCAGCAAGGCACACAAGUCGGCUCUUGUUGCGAAUCUCACAACCUGUAUUAAACGACCAAAGGAUACAGUUAUGGAGCUCAAGCAAGAAGGGAUAAAGCUCGUUCUUCGCAAAGACAUGUCACAUAAUGCUAAUCAGAAAGGGGGUGACCAAGCCAAUACAGAGAAUGUUGUUGAUAUACAAGUGAAAGGUGAUAGUGGUUCAGUUUUAGCAGGUCUGCUCUCAGUAGAUGACUUUCAGGCCCACUAUGGCAGUGCAGCAUCUGCAACCUUCAACAGUUACAUACAGGACCCUGUAUACACUGCCAAUGAGGUCUCAAGAACACUACAUCAGAGAAUUCGCGGCACAACGGACACCUCUUUUUUUGUGUCUCCGGCAGGCCAUGCGAUCCUUACUGACAAUCUGGAAGUGGAAGUAGAAUUUGACCCAGAUUCCGUAAGGCAAGGAUUACAACCGGAGCUGAUAUAUUGGAACACAGAAACACGACGAUGGCAUCAGAUAAACGAAGAUUGUGAUGUAGUUCAAUCAGUGGACUUUAAGACUAAAACCAUCAGAGCACGGGUGUGUCGCCUCAACCAGCCCCGGCAUGAUGCCCCUCACAAAAGGUCGACUAGUACACAGAUUUCGCCCACACAAUUAGCACUGGUUAUUGUGAGUCCAGAUAUCGUGAAUAACCCACCAACGCUUACCACAACCGAUCUCUACCUUAUGGAGGAUCAAAAAGACUUCAGUGAGAUCCUAUCCUUUCACGACCCGGAAGAUGACGAUGUAUUAUUUGAGCUGGCCAGAUCACCACACCAUGGGUACGCUAAUGUCUCCUCUCAUGGCGUGCUGUCAUACAUACCAAAGGAAGAUUUCAGUGGGACAGAUAAAGUGACCGUGAGGCUGACAGAAGUAACUUCCGCAGUUAAGAACAUUCGCACGCAUAGUGUGACAUCAGAGGUAAAGCUGCAUGUUAACGGCACCAACGACCCCGCAUUGCUUUAUUUCAGAAGGCAAGGUUCUACCAAGAAGGUUGAAAAUCCGACAACCGUCAACCUUUCCAUCGAAGGCAGAACAGAACUGAAAUAUUUAGGAGAUCUGAUUUUGUUCGAUCCAGAUAAGAACGAGAGACUGCGGUUUAUCGCAAACGGGCUCCUGGCUGAAAACUAUACCAUAAUCUUCAACGAAACUAAAAAUACUGAACAAAACUACUUCCAUGAAAUGAAAAUGAAUGGUUCUGUUAAAGUUGCCAAACUUUACAUCAACUCAUCUCGGUACUUCCACGGAGAAGUGACAUUCAAUGUAACAGGAAAAGACUCAAAGAAGCGAUCGCCGUUUGCUCCGAUGGUUUUUUUCCACGUUUAUGUUCUCGCCAAUCCAUGUGAAUUCGGUCAAUGUCUUGGAGAUAACCACGAUCGGAAGUGUGCAGCAUUUGGUCGAUCCACUUCAUUUAAUGGCUACAGUUGCCUCUGUGACCCCGGCUACCAUGGUCAGCGCUGUGAGAGUGAGAUCAACGAAUGUGCCGUUGAGCCAUGCCCUACGUUCUACGACUGUGUGGAUAAGAUAGCUCAUCACGAGUGCAUCCUCAAUCAUUGGAAGUUGCCUGUCACUUGUGUGUUCUUGCUCUUGGCUGGGAUCUCAUUGCUAGUUGGUGCUUUCAUCUUUAAGAAGAAGUUGGCGUCCAACACCAAAGUGAAACCUCUCAGGAGAGACCCAGACGUAGACACAGUGUCCAUGAAAGAAGUGAUGCGUUGGCAGCAAGAACCAGAAACACCGACGGCCGUCCGUGAACGUAAGCCAAAUCCACAGAUUCCCACUAAGCAGGCUGUUUAUUCUAUGCCAGGAAGCGUGGAUGAUUUAGAAGUAGAAGACGCUGAUAACCCGUUUGAAGAAUAUCCCGGUGUUGAUGAAAGUCACAGUGUAGCGCCGGAGAGUGAUGUCACAAGCACCCCCGUGGAGCCACCUGUGGAUGUGUCUAGCGGGAACCAAGUGGAAGAAGAUGCAGAUGCUAUGCCAGGCCUUGCGAUGUUAACUGGGCUGAUGGCGCCAGUGGGGGCUGUACCUCGCCCGAAACCUAAGCUGAUCCAAGUCCAGGCCGUGACUAAGCAUGAGUUUAAGGAGCCACAAUGGAAACGGCCUAAACAUGGCCGCCGUCCAGGAAAAGAUCGUCUGGAUGAAUCAUCCGCUUAAACAAGAGUGACAACAAACUCAGUGUCCUCAAAUAGAUAUAGAAAUUACUAGCUUGUAUUUAGUUUUUACCCUCGGUGACGAUAUUAUGAUCGUUUGCAAAUACAGUGUGACGCUUCAUACUAUAGCCGUUUAUCCAUUAGAAAAUUAAUAGUUAUAUUUUUAACAGUGAUUGUCGUUUUUUGUUUUCUCCAAUUUUAGUAGCUGUACAUUAUACGGAUCAUAUUGAAAGUUUUGUAUCUUACAGGUAGUAAGAGUCACUGGAUCAUAUUGAAAGUUUUGUAUCUUACAGGUCGUAAGAGUUACUGGAUCAUAUUGGAAGUUUUUUAUCUUACAGGUAGUAAGAGUUACUGGGCCGGACGGGGUAAAACGAGAGCACUGUGUCAUACCAUAUGUCUUCAGUGCCUGUAGGUAAAUUUAGAUUGCUUUGUCAAACCUGCUUCAUAAAUGAUAAUCAAUAGUGUUUUGCGUCAUUGAACUUGACAUAUUCAAGAGACCGUUGCUUUAAUACAGGUUACUUCGUGUGGAAUUUGCUUUUCCUCAAAUAAAUAGGUUUUGACACUAUAUCCAAGCAAUGUAAUAUAAUAAGUUGUGUUCGCGACCCACUUGUCUUGAUUGACUAAGCUUUCAGAGGAGGUACUUCUAUUGACAGUGAAUGUUUUCUUAUGUACUGCUAGAGCGGACUAAUUAAAUUGAUAAUUAAUGCUUUCGUCUACACGUUUGCAUCGCUGUCUUCCUAUUACAAUGUUAACAAUUUUCACAACGCUUUGCUGAAAAAAAAAGUCGAGGAAAGCUAUUUACAGGUAAAAAAAUAUAUUUCCUUCAAAUCAA